GCAGUGAUCACAAAUUCCAGCCGCUGCGGAAAUAUACCGAUGUUUUAACUUAUUUAACAGACAUAAAAUAUUUUCCUCUUCCUUCCUCUGGGGAAAUGCGCGUGUAAGUGGGUGUGUCGAGUGAGUUUAAACUUUAUGAUGAGUUAAAGUUUGAUCAUGGCCGUGUGGACCCGCGCGGAAAAACAGGGUCAUCUGGACCUGCUGCUGAGUGAUCGCUGGGUUCGGGUCUCCGCGGAACUCACACGGGACACUCUCACACUGACGGCGGAGGGCGAGCCGAGCGGGCCAGCGGGCUAUUCGGAGCACAACUCGCAUUUAAGAAAUGGCGUUUCUAAUGGCAACGAACAGAACCGAGAUGUUUAUCAGAACCGCGGGCAAUACGACAGUCCGGGUCGGGUCAAUGGGUCCGACUCGGAGUCCAGCGGUUAUUGUGACCCGGAGGGGGUUCGGAGGGUCCGGAUAGUCAAACAGGAGUCCGGCGGACUGGGGAUCAGUAUUAAAGGGGGACGGGAGAACCGUAUGCCCAUCCUCAUAUCAAAGAUCUUCCCCGGUUUGGCGGCGGAUCAGAGUCGAGCCCUUCGGGUCGGCGACGCGAUCAUGUCUGUCAACAGUAGCGACCUCCGCGAUGCCACGCACGACGCGGCGGUGCAGGCGCUGAAGAAGGCUGGGAAGGAGGUGACGCUGGAGGUAAAGUACAUCAGGGAGGUGUCUCCGCUCUUUAAGAAGUCCUCUAUGAGUUCAGAUCUGCCUUGGGAUGGGCGUCUUCAGUCUCCAAACCUCAGCAGCGGCGACGAGUCGCCCAAGAGCAGUAUAACCCGUGACAGAAAGGUCAUCCCGCUCAAAAUGAGCUUCAUCAGCCGAAACCUCACCAUGCCUGACCUGGAAAACAGGUUGCUAGAGCUUCACUCUCCGGACGGCCAGCACACUGUAGUGCUGCGGUGUAAAGACGGGGCCUCUGCUCACUCCUGGUUCACGGCCAUUCACACAAAUGUUGCUGCCCUAUUGCCACAGAUGAUGGACCACAUCAACUCUUUCUUGUGCAAUCCCAGCGCUAACACACACUGCACACUCAAACACAUCGGCUGGCUGGCAGAGCAGCUGGAGCUGGAUGGUGGGCGGCAUCAGUACAGACGAGUGCUCAUGGCGCUCACAGAGAAAGACCUCCUGCUGUUCCAGUCAGUGCCGUGGACAUACGAGAGCUGGUCCUCACCUCUCCUGACCCAUCCACUGCUCGCUACACGGCUGGUUCACUCGGGCAGCGUGCGCAGCUCUCCGGCUCUGGGUGCAGAUCUGGUGUUCGCCACACGUACAGGCACAGGUCGAGGCAUCGAGUCUCAUGUGUUUCGUGUGGAGACACACUGGGAUCUGUCCACAUGGACACGUGCACUGGUGCAGGGCGGACAUCUGGCUGCUGAGCUCAUCAAAGAGGUGUCCAUAGGCUGUGUGUUGAACAGACAGGAAGUGCGUCUGAUCCUGCAUUAUGACAGAGGGUUCACUGUGAAGCGGGAAUCUGGCGAAUCCGUGCUCUUUCACUUCCCCUAUGAGCGGCUCAAGAUGUCCGCAGACGAUGGAGUUAGGAAUCUCUACCUGGACUUCGGUGCUCCAGAGGGCGAGAUGGUGUUUGAGCUUCACUCGGGGCCGAAGCCUGUGGUCUUUGUGCUUCAUUCGUUUCUCUCAGCCAAACUGGCUCGUUUGGGACUGCUCACAUAGGAUCAACAGGAAAUGAUGGAGGUUCAUUUAUUUCAUUGAUUUAUUGACAGCUAGUAUUUUACUCAAGCAGUGUUUUCAUAGAUCUCUUCUAGCUAACACAUUUGUUCAGUGGUUGUGUGUGCGUGUGGCUUUCUAAGGCGGAAAACAAUCCCACUUUCCUCUGAUCAGGAACACCUAUCGUGCCUUCUCAUCUAGAGCCAACAAGCUUUUACAGAAAAUGUUCAGGCUUUGCAGAAUAACCAAAAUGAACAUAUUAUUCUUGUAUGUUUGUUUUUCAUGUAUCUCACCUGUAUUUAUGUUUGUAUGUAUUGCAUGGCAAAGACUGUUACAUCUGUGUGCUAUAAUCUUAAUGAAUAUUUGGCAGACUGCCAUUCCUGCAAAUAUGGAGAAAAUGAAGCUUUAAAUACAUUCCCUUCAUGACUGACCAAAAAUAACCUCCUUAAAGUUAACUCUAUAAGUUGUUGAAUAGGAUCGAUUCAUUCAAAUAAUAUUUAGGAUUUUUUUUUUUUUUUUAUAAAUAUAGGAAUGUUUUAUUCGUUUAUCUGUUCUCUGCAUGUCAUAAGAAAUGUUUUUCCACAUUUAUGACCAAACCUGCUCCAGGCCUUGAUUUUUUUUAAUUUUGCUGUACGACAUUAAUGCUCCUUGAUCAGCAUUUGAUGAGUAUUUAGUUCUUAUUACAGGCUUCCCACUGUCAUAAAAAAAACUGGGAAAUAUCAGGGAAUUUUAAAAUUCUGAUGUCCAGGCUUGGAAAUGUGAAGGAAAUGAAUGAAAACGCAUUAUUAUUAAAUGCAUCAUGAGGAAAAAGCCCUAUUUCUAUAGUCGGUAUACAUUUUCUAGUUAUCUGAAGAGCUUUGCUUUUUGUGAGUACAAUCUUUAUAAAAGGGCUUUAAAUAAUACUAAUCCAGUUAUCAGGCAAGACUGGAAACGUCAUGGAAAUUUAUCGUUCAAAACGUGUGGGGACCAUCAUGUUAUUAGCACUGAUAUGCGUUAUUUCGUGGCGUGUAUGUUUUAUGUCUAUCAGUAUAGCAU